CGUACGACGCGCGCGGAAACAAAAAAAAAAAAACCCGAACCGACGGACGGACGGCGCGUACCGUACCCCGUGUCGAACGUCGGUGAUGUGAACGUUGUGGCGGACGUGAUGGUACGGUAACGUUCACGUCGACUCGCCGCGACGGUAACCCCGGUAACACGGUCACCGCACGAAUGGCGUUCGUUCCCGUUUGAAACCGUUCGCGCGUCCCGCAGCAACGCACCGGAUUCUCGCCGCGCGUCCAGUUCCGACGUUCCGAGCGAACGCGCCCGGCAAGAAGAGGAUUCGCCGCCCGGCCGACGAUGGACGUGGACGACGCACCGGCCGCCGUCCGUUGCGACGUCGACCGCGAACAGACGACGGACGUGCUCGACCACGGUGCUGCUGCGCUUUACUCGUUUUGCGAGAACGACCACAAGAACUGGGACGAAAACGAUAAAGUCGGAUACUUAGAAGAACAAUAUGAAAUUCUUCAUUCGUCCGUUAUAGCUUUGACUUCACAUUUUUCACAGGUGCAGUUGAGGAUUCAUCAAAUUAUCGAGUCACCUGAUGAAGAGAAAAAAAAUUUACUACAAAAUUUAGAAGAAUUCGCGUUUAAAGGCAUUCCGAAUGUUUAUACGAAUUGCUCGUUGAACCACCUGCUUGUAACAACGAAUGACGAUGACCAAAUGGUGAAAAAAAAACAUAAAGUUCAAAUCGAAGUAAUCAAAGAAAUGAAAAAGCAAUUGGAAGACUUGGAGAACCAUAUUUACAACAACAAAGAUGAGUUUGAUCUUCCGGAAAGUUUUGUUGACGUUUUUCGCGAGAAGCAAAACAAUAUCAUUAAUCAAGUAGAAAAAAAAUUGAACUUAAGUCUUAAAAAUUCAAAAAAUAUGUCGGUCGAAGAACUAAAAGAAGAGGUUGAUAAUGCAAUACAAAAGCUAGUAAACCCAAUGAAAGCAACGGAACAUUUAGUCGAUCAGUUAAAAACUCAAAUAGCAGAUCUUGAAAGGUUCAUACAAUAUUUGCAAAAUGGAAAAAUUAAAUUAAAAACAUCAGAAGAAAAAAUGACGAAAAUAUCGACGACUAAAGAAAAAUGUUUAGAACGGAAAUCGAGAGAAGUGAGCCUUGAUUUAACGGCAUUCAAUAAUAAAUUAUCUUUCACAUUCACAAGUCGAAAUCAUCAUCAAAAAACUGUUGGAGCUGUCAAACGGUUGACUGCGAUAAUACAAAUGUUCAUCGGUACUCAAAUAUCAUGCAAUCAACAGCAUUUCAAAAAAAACACAUUGAAGAAAACAAUGAAAAUAAAUCAUUGGGGUGAUUAUAGAGCCAACUUGGAAUUAGUUAUUGCAGAACUAUUAGAAAUGAUGACAGUACCAGAAUCACAUAUUGAUAGUGAUUAUAUAUCCGAUUCGGAAAGUGCAAUAGCCGCAAUGGAAUGUAAUGGAAAAAUCGCCAUUGUAGUUCGAAAACGGUUAGCUCCGGCCAUUCAACAGUUGAUUCAGCAUGGUCUUAUGGUGGUGGGUCAAAGCACGAGUGUCGUACCAUUUGUGGACUGUUUGCAUCCAAAACUGAAUAGCUCGAAAUCUACAAUGCACGCAUGGGAGCUUAUAUUGAAAUACUACGAGAUCAAAAAUGGCGAUUAUUUCAACUCGACGCCGGCUCGUAAGCUAUCUCAAAGUUUUAAUCUGGAUAUUGAAGGAUGUAAGUCGUCUGUUUCUUGCAAACAAUGUCUACUUUCAAUUAUUGGAAACAUAAUUUCAUCCCACUCUCGAUACAAACGGAGUUAUGAUUCGUGCUUUAAAGCUUUCAUAUGUGCUGGAUUAAAUUCAAAAAUGUUAACCAGCUGGUUGAAAUUUAUAUUGAAAUGUCAACCAUUAAUCGAACUUUACUAUCAAUCUUGGAGUUACGUAGCGCAAACAGGAUUUGAAGAUGCAUUGCAUUCACUAGAAAAGUUGAACCAUUACAAUUUUGAUCUACCUGCAGAUUUGGCCAUUCGACAAUUACAAAAUAUAACAGAUGCUUUUUAAUUAUUAUAUUUACAAGCUUAUCAAUAUUUUUAUAUUCAA